AGCUGUGGAGUGCUGAUGUGUGUGAGUUCAUAUACUCACACACAUGUACAGAGCAACACAUACUGAGCUUCCGCUCCAGCUGUCUCCGAUGUGUUCUGUAAGCCCAGCAAAGCGCAUUCCGGGUGUCAUGGACACGUUUCUAUGGCUUUCCCAGCACCGAUGUCAGCUUUCAAUUUGUCGCUCGUGUAGUCAUAAUCGUCUUGUAACGUCAGCUCUUCAUGUUUGUCUUUCUACCCAUUUCUAGCCCGCUCUCACAGUAGCCGCUUCGCAAAGUUAUGUUUGUUUGCUUCUUUUACCUACAUUUUUUGCCGAUCAUGUCUCGGUUCUAUCCGUCCUCGGGCAUGUGCUUAGAGAAAUAUCCCAGACUGCCAACUUAUCCGAUAUAAUCCUUCACGCCAUUUUCCAUUUUCACGCUUCAUUGCAACACUGUGCAAUAAUAUUCCCACACCGCUGGGCCCAUGGCCAGUGCCUGGCCCGAGUGAAACGCUCGAACAUUCUUUCCGAGGCGAACACACCUCUGCUCUCAUAACGGAAUUUUUUGCCAAAGCGCACUGAGAACAAAAGCUAAGCAAGGGACCCCUCCCUCAGCUUUCCAUCGCUCUGUCCCAGGCUGGACUUCAAUUAAGGCGUCUACCUGUCCCAUGAGCCGGUAAUGCACGUUGUCUGAACUCUUUGGGUGGGUCACUGUCAAAUCCAGCUCCAAAACCAACUACAAACCCCCCACCCGCAGCCCCUUUAAACACACUCACUUGGCCGACGCUGUGGUUGGCUGCUUUUGCAUGGAGCAUAAUGCCCCGAAGACACACAAAAACCGAACGAAGCACUGAGCUUACGCACUGAGAUGGAGCCGACUCCAAACAUGCUAAAACAGCUGCUCCUGAAGAACCACCAGGACGCUGUCCUGCAGACGCACCCGCUCUUCAAGUCUCCGUCCCUCUCGGUCGGUCCAAUGGCAGACAGCAGGGAACGCAUUCGUGGCCCGUCACGGGAUGGACGGGAGUUUCUCACCAGCCCCCGACAGGUUCUCCGCCGACUGAUGCUUCUGUCCGAGGGAAGACAGUACCGCGAGGCCGCAGGAGUCGUUGGAAGGUUAGGCCCCUCUGUCCUACGUUCGGUAAUUGCCGAACUUCCGCUUGAUCUGCUGCUGGAGCACCUGCCACACAGUGCCUACUUGCUGGAGUCCUUUUUCACAAGGCUGACCACCUUAAACACAACCCCUAAGCCGGAUGUACCUAGCGAGACGGUGGCCUGGCAGCUGGUCCGAUUGUUUUCAAAUCCCCACGAAUCCGGACUGCGGCAGAGAUGCACAAAGCUGCUCCAGGCUCUGGUGAAAUACGAGCCAAAUCUUCGCCAAACCUUGCGUGAGCGGCGACGUAGCUUUGACAACGCAGUGCAGGGAUUGGGCGUACAUGGGCUGACCACGUCUGCCUCGGGGCAGCUGAUCUCGCUGCACGUGGCUCUAAAGACAGAGCUGCAGCGGCACGUGGAUACCUACAAGAUGGCUAUACACAAGCUGGAGGAGUUGAGCAUGGUAACGAACAACCAGGACCCGGCCCACUCCUCGCACCAGCGCCUGCUAGCCAUUAACUAUGGAGACAUCCAGCAACGGUUGAUCGACAAUAAAACGCUGCUGACCAUGUUGGACAAACCCAUAUUAAAGCAGCUUCAAACCCUCGUGGAGAAUUUAAGCACCCGCGUGGAGAACGACAAGGAGGUCCUCUCCUGCGUGGGCCAGGUGAAGCGACUGGACGCACAGGCCCACGUGGAGAAGCGCCCAGCCGCUGGACUCCUGAUGAACUUCUCGCGUGGCUGCGAGGUCGUCCUUCAAACGAUGGGGCCGGAAAGCGUUCCACCCGGUCACCCGGCUAUGUCCAAAGCUACCAUGGCUACCGGUGGGAGCAGCUGCAGCGAUGGAUACCACUCGGACGAUUCCGCCAGCGAUGACGGCAGCGAAAUCGUAUCGCUCUAUCGAAAUCUGUACAUAGAGAACCGCGCAGAUGCCCUGGAGGCGCUGGACAGUCUGCCCCAGCUAAAACACGCCCACAGUCUAAAGGAAAAGAUACUAUUCUCCAUGAUCGUACUUUCUUUCCGCCUAUGCCACGGGAUGCGGGAUCGGAAAGUGAUGGAGGUGCGCCAGGUCCUUAGCUGCGGAUUGGACAGCAGCAGCGAGACGACCUUGGCCUUGGAUCGGGCUGUGCGCCACCACCUGCACGAGACCACGGACAGUUUUCCCCUGGGAGAGAUUGAGCAAUCCGUCUUCAACCAGGUUCUAUCCACGCUUCACGAGUACCCCUGCCUGGAGUCGUGUCCCACGCUCACCAAUUAUGUGAGCGCCUGUGUGCGGCUGGCUUGGCGAAUGAUCAAUCAGAAGGCUCCCUAUUAUCUGGACAUGGACUUCAAUCUGGGAUUCCUACGCCCCGAGAAGCACGAACCUCAUUCGCAAUCCGACCGCCGAUCGGACCUUAUCAAGGCCUUCCUCUGGCCGGCCCUGAUGCAAAACAACCAGUGCGUCUUCAAGGCAGUUGUGACCACCUGAGACCCGAGACGGAACAGAUACUCUUGUCUUAAGAUACUCUUACACACUUUGUAUAUACUUGAACGCUUACCCAAUAAAGAUUAUCCCUAUCUAAGCAUAGCUGAUGGGCAUCAGA